AUGGCUACUGAACAAUCCCCUUUACUUAAUAUUGAGAGUGAUGAUAUUGACCAACCGUCUAACAGAAGUGAGAGGCGUUUUAGGAAAUUUCCAUUGGGUCUCAUCGCAUUUUUUAUAUUAAUUCUUGGGUUUGUCUUAUUUGUCAUAUUCGUACCGCACAAUACUCCUCACCCAAUUGAACCUUGGCCUAAAGAAUUAACUCCAAAUAUAUUUUCUCACUUAAAAGCAUUAAAUGAAAUUGCAAAAAAUUCAAAUAACUCUCGCUCAAUAACAAAUGGAUAUAAUGCAUCAGCUGAAUAUAUUAUAAAUACUUUAAUUAAUAAAACCAGUUGUGAUGUGAAAUUACAAUAUUUUAAAGUACCCAUUUGGGAGAAAGAAAAAGAGGCAGAGUUGAACGUCUCUUUUGGUGGCACUGAUGAAAUAGUUGUGUUUCAAGGUGGUAUUGAUUUUUGGAGUAUGCGAGAUGGCGGCCAAGCAGCAAGUUUAGUUUCUCAAAAAGUUGUUGAAAUAAAAGACCCUCUUGAUAAUAAUACCGAAUGGAAUAUUCAAGGAAAAAUUGCUCUGAUUCAAUUUGGAAAUUUCAGUGUUUGGGACGUUGCUUAUAGAGCUGAACAA